GCUUACCCACAAUGCCGCAGCGCUAUCCCAGCAGCCUCUGCGUACGGCAGCCAUCUUGGAAUCUGCCUGCAACAAAGAGUCAGGCUAGAAAUCUUUAAAAUUCGACAAUUUGCCUUGUUACCCUCAAAACUGGGCCGCUAGACGGUCUAAUCGUGCGGUUAUAUGCCUUUUUCAAAUGCGACGAGGAAGAAGGCAUCCCACGACCAGCAGGACACGGAAAGGAGCCAGAGAAAACGGCGGGUAUCCGGAGAGAACCGUCAAGGUUUGGCCGGCUUGAAGAGACAUAAGCAGGAAGACUCUGAUUUUUGUCACUCGGAUCCUGCCCAUCACUCGAGCUCACAGAUGGACGAAUCGGUCAACAGCCGCAAGCCGAACUUCUCGGCUCUGGUGGGCAGUAACGGCCUGACGAACAGAGCCUCUUCUCUGGCGAACAGCAAGCCUGGCACGGCCAAGAAACUGGUGAUCAAAAAUUUCAAAGGUAAACCCAAGCUACACGACAACUACAAAGAGGAGACAUGGAUGAAGUUGCGCGGUGCGGUCGACGCCAUCCACAAGAGCACGUCCAUCAAGUACAGUCUGGAGGAGCUGUACCAGGCGGUGGAGAACAUGUGCUCGCACAAGAUGGCCGUCAUGCUGUACGACUCACUCAAGGUGGUGUGUGAGGAACACAUCAAACAUCAGAUCACACAGUUCAAGGGCAACUCGGGUGAUGAGCUGGACAGUGUGUUGUUCCUGAGGAAGAUCAACAAAUGUUGGCAGGAUCACUGUAGACAAAUGAUUAUGAUCCGGAGUAUCUUCCUGUUCCUGGAUAGAACCUAUGUAUUACAGAACUCCAUGGUGUCAUCUCUUUGGGACAUGGGUCUGGACCUGUUCCGUCAGCACAUCAUCAGUGACACGUCUGUUCAGACUAAGACGGUGGACGGACUCCUGCUGCUGAUCGAGAGAGAACGGAACGGGGAGAUGGUCGACCGCAGUCUGCUCAAGAGCCUGCUGGGAAUGUUGUCGGAUCUACAGAUUUACAAGGAGGCCUUUGAGGUGCGAUUUCUGCAAGAGACGGAGAGAUUGUAUGCAGCAGAGGGCCAAAGACUGAUGCAGGAGAGAGAGAUUGCAGAGUACCUUCACCAUGUGGAUAAGAGACUAGAAGAGGAACAGGACAGACUCAUGUUCUACAUGGACCAGAGCACACAGAAGCCACUUGUGUCGUGUGUAGAGAAACAACUGCUGGGGGAACAUCUGGUGAACAUUCUGCAAAAGGGACUGCACCAGCUCCUAGAUGAGAACAGAACAGACGACCUGAAGCUGAUGUACAACCUGUUUGCUAAAGUCAAGGCAGGGCUGGAGACAUUGUGUCAGCACUGGGGAGACUACAUCAAAAAGAUGUCUAGAUACGGCAUACAAGGUAGCGCACUCAAUUGGUUCCAGUCUUACCUCCCCGGAAGGAAGCACUGCACCUCCAUCAACGGAUCGUUUGGCUCCACCAUAGUGAUCAACCCUGAGAAGGAUAAGACCAUGGUUCAGGAGCUGUUAGACUUCAAGGACAAGGUGGACAACAUCUUACAGAGCUGCUUCUCAAGUAACGAGAAGUUCAUCAACACCAUGAAGGAGUCGUUUGAGACUUUCAUCAACAAGAGACUGAACAAGCCGGCAGAAUUGAUAGCAAAAUAUGUGGAUUCCAAGCUGAGAGCAGGAAAUAAGGAAGCUACAGAGGAGGAGUUGGAGAGAAUGUUAGACAAGAUCAUGGUCCUCUUUAGAUUUAUACAUGGUAAGGACGUGUUUGAAGCCUUCUACAAGAAAGACCUGGCCAAGAGGUUGUUGGUGGGGAAGAGUGCAUCAGUAGACGCUGAGAAGUCCAUGCUGUCCAAACUCAAGCAAGAGUGUGGAGGUGCCUUCACUAGUAAGUUGGAGGGCAUGUUUAAAGACAUGGAGCUUUCCAGAGAUAUCAUGGUCCACUUCAAACAGUAUGCUCAACACAAGGCUAAAGGUGUUGACGAGCACAUCCAGCACCAGAAAGACUCCAUCAGCAUAGACCUGACAGUGAACAUCCUGACCAUGGGGUACUGGCCCACAUACAUCCCCAUGGAGGUACACCUCCCACCCGAGAUGGUGAGGUACCAGGAGAUCUUUAAGUCCUUCUACCUGGCCAAACACAGCGGGCGUAAGUUACAGUGGCAGCCAACUCUCGGGCACUGUGUACUCAGGGCUGACUUCAGAGCGGGUAAGAAGGAGCUGCAGGUAUCUCUGUUCCAGUCCCUUGUACUCAUCAUGUUUAAUGAUGGAGACGGCUUCACCACAGAGUACAUCAAACAGUACACAGGCAUCGAGGAUGGGGAGUUGAGGAGAACGUUACAGUCAUUAGCCUGUGGGAAGGCCAGGGUCAUCAUCAAAACCCCAAAGGGUAAAGAAGUUGAGGAUGGGGAUCAGUUUCACUUCAACAAUGACUUCAAACACAAACUGUACAGGAUCAAGAUUAACCAGAUCCAGAUGAAAGAAACGCAAGAGGAGAAUGUGAACACGACAGAGAGAGUGUUCCAGGACAGACAGUACCAGAUUGACGCUGCCAUUGUCCGCAUCAUGAAGACCAGAAAGACCCUGACUCACACUCUUCUGGUGUCAGAACUGUACAACCAGCUCAAAUUCCCAGUCAAGCCUGCAGAUCUGAAGAAGAGAAUUGAGAGUCUUAUCGAUAGAGAUUACAUGGAGAGGGACAAGGAAAACUCCAACCAGUACCAUUAUGUAGCAUAGGUAGACUCCAGGGCACCAGUAGGGUUACACAUAUCAUAUCAUACGUUAUUCUGCUACAAAACAGCCAGGGUUAGGGAUCUGGGAUGCCAUACGUAACGUAGCACGACUUACACUGUUGUAUCUGUCCUAUAGGGUGCUGCCACAUUCAUUGUAUGAUUUAACAGUUUAUAACAGUACAUUCAUAAAAACCAGCCUCGCAGCCUGUACAAAAACAUGCUGAACAACACUGAUUUUUUUACAGUUACUAGUCUGGCAAAUACAAAUUAACAUUGCAAUACAUA